GCCGAGAGACGUGCCUGCAGUCACAGGGUUUAUUUAACACGUAGUCACAAACCCACCCAGCUCUCACACAUUCAGCCGUGCGUGGAGCCUCCCUAGACAUACUACUGAGUCCGGACCUCUGGGUGACAACAACUGCGCCGUGCUCCACUCCAGCUCGAAGCGGGAACGCACACACACACACACUGGAUAACAGGAGAUACUUUUUGUCUUUCUUUUCAUUUUUUUGUACGCUUUCUCUCUCGGUUUGAAGUGCGACUGCAGAGACGCGUUUGGGACGUUUUGAAGGCUUUUUGAAGUCAUUUAUUCGGGUUUUACAGUUAGGCGACAUGGAGAGGAUUACCAGUGCGCAACCACCUCCCUGUGUGCCAAAACACGCAUCAAUGGAUAUAGCUGACAUGCAAGGGAUGGAUUUUCCCAUUUACAUGUACAAACCCAGGAGGAGCAUGAAACGUGUGGAUGAGAGCAAGGAGACAUACAAGUUGCCACACCGACUGAUCGAAAAGAAACGACGUGACAGAAUCAACGAAUGCAUCGCCCAGCUCAAGGAUUUGUUGCCAGAACAUCUUAAGCUUACAACGCUGGGUCAUUUGGAGAAAGCUGUGGUGCUGGAACUCACUCUCAAGCAUGUGAAAGCCCUGAGUACCCUCCUGGAGCAGCAGCAGCAGAAAAUCAUCGCGCUACAGAAGGACCUGCAAAUCAGUGAUCAUGGAGGUGACAGUUCAGAGAGCAGCGAGGAGAUGUUCCGCUCCGGCUUUCACCUGUGCGCAAAAGAGGUCCUCCACUAUGUGGCCAGCCAAGAAAGCAGCAGGGACCUUACUCCUUCCCAUGUCAUCAGCCACAUUCAAAAGGUAGCAGCUGAAGUCCUGCACCAUCGGAGCGGCCUACACCAAAGCGAGUCCAUCCCCCAAGCUUCAGAGAAACUGAAGAAACCUGCCGGACAGCCCCAGAGGGCGUUUGAGGGCCCAGCUAAGAACUGUGUUCCCGUCAUUCAAAGGACUAACCCCCAUGGCAUGGGAGAGCAGAGCGGCAGUGACACAGACACUGACAGCGGUUACGGGGGAGAACAUGACAAGCGUGACCCCAAAACCCGGUGGUCAGAGAGCCACGCGAAAGAGGGGGAGCUCAAGCAUGCCUUGUCUGAGAGGACGGCCGGAGCCAUCAAGCAGGAGGGCGAUGAGCCUCAGGCCAAGAAGCUGAGGUCUGACUCACCAGAGGAGGAGAUUCUCUCUGGUCACACGGCAGGAGGCCCUGGCAGCUACAUGAGCUUCUCCCCCAACCAGCCCCCGUUUUGUCUCCCCUUCUACCUCAUCCCCCCUACAGCUGCCCCAGUGGCUGCCUAUCUGCCCAUGCUGGAGAAAUGCUGGUACUCCGGGGGAAUGUCAGUUAUGUACCCAGGCAUGAGCGGCUCUGCAUCCAGCUUGGCCCCAGAGACUCUCCCCUCAUCUCUGGUGAUGUCCCCGCGGGCAGGGUCUCCAGUUCCCCACCAGAACUCCAUGGACUCCCCUGCUCUUCACAAAGCUUUAAAGCAGGCCCCUCCAUUGAACUUGGAAACCAAAGACUGAACUGACGUUUCUGUUGGAAUCUUGCCCUCUGAAUGUUGAUGGGGUUGAAUGGUUGGCCCACUGAAAAGAGGGUAAACAAACACAAACUCGCUGGUAUCCCUUCAAACCACAGCCGCUGCUUGGCCCGUCAGAACAUUGACCGCAGCAAAGAGCCCCAAAUGGCCGCCACCGUCUAUCAUCACUGAAACUGGACUUUUUUUGGGCAACCUCGAGUGCCCCCGUGAAGGCUCAUAGAUCACCUGAAACACUGUGAAGAUGGUCAGUUUAGAGACGAUGAGUGCGCACGAAAGAUGGCGAGAUGUUCAAAUUUCUUUUAGCAAGUUUCGUCUUCACCGCGCUCAUUGUUGAAUGUCAGAAGUAAAAUCCAGAAUGUAAGGCACAGAUAAGCCCCCACCCCAAAAUUAUUUGGACCUACUUUUUGCACACACACCAGUCUGUAAUGAAUGUAAAGAUUAAACAAAAGCCCCUUGUAGAUGCUGCUUGAAUUAUUAUUACCCGCUGUAGAUCUGUGAAUGAAGGAUCUACCUUCAGUGUUUGUCGCGCCUGUAAUGGCAACAAGCUAUUGUUUAGACUAGAAUGUUACCAAAAAAAAUAGGACUGGUUCAUGUUGACCAGUGACGUCACAAAAGACAUUGCUCUUUUGACCCUACGAUUACCUGGGAGCUAACUGAACACGAGUGUUCCAAGAAUUCAGGGCGUUGUCACUGUACGAGGUGUGUCACUCAUGUCUGCUGAAGAGUGAUGUGGCCAUACGUGCUUUUACAAUUAUUAUUUUUUGACUCAUGCCUAUUCGUGCAUCUAGAUGGAGUUCCUGUGAAGUCUCGUCAUGUGAUUAUUUUUGUUUAUACUACUCGUACAUCUCUAUUUUUGAUACGUGACCCACUGAGUGUAUCUGCAUCGCUACCAGAGGAAGGUUGAGGUAGUCAUUUGCUGUAUGCCAAGCGAACGUGUACAGUAUAUAGCAUUGUGCUCAACCAGAUUUGCAUCUUGCCCACAAAUUCCCCGUCGAGUUAAGGCUUGACCUUUGCUUAUGCUGUUGCCUUUGCUCAUUUAAUGCAGACACAACGAUGGCAGGUGUUUAAAUGUAUUUGCUUUAAAUGUGUCUGUGGCAAAGAGAGUGAAUGUAAAGUUCAAACAAAAAUAAUAGUUUUGUAUAGAAAGAGGUACUUGGGAUUUUUAUUUUGAAAUGUAACAAAAUGUCGUUUGUUGUACAUAUUUUGUAUAUAAAGUAUUAUUGAUAUAUAUUAAAAUAUUAAUA